UUUCAACAUCUCACUUUUAAGCUUUUCAUUUGGUUAAUUCAAUUUUUCAGAUAGCAGUAUCAUUUCUGUUGUGAGAUUAUAGAAUCGCAGCUGUAACACCGCCUAUAAUAUGUCGACCAUCAAUGAAGCACUUAAGGUGAAUCUUGAUGUGGAGAUCAAAGGAGAGGCAACGUUGGUUUCUCCAGCUGAGGAGACACCUAAGGGUUCAUAUUUAUUGUCUAACCUCGACAUGGCUCCGGUUAUGGUUCAAACUAUUUACUGUUUUAACAAAACUUUUGAUAAUGAAAUGGAUGCUGCUCAGACCAUCAAAGAGGGCUUAGCAAAAGUUCUUGUUUACUACUACCCUCUUGCUGGACGUCUAACAAUGAAUGAGAAGCACAAGUUUAUGAUCAAUUGCACGGGUGAAGGUGCUCUUUUUCUGGAGGCCGAGGCCAACUGUACGUUGGAAGAGAUCGAUGACUUUAUGAAACCCGAAUCUGUUACUCUAGGGAGACUUUGCUACGACGCUGGUGGUGCACAAAAUCCUGCUCUACUUGCAGCUCAGGUGACCAAGUUCAAGUGCGGGGGAUUUGUUUUUGCAUUAAGCAUGAAUCACAUUAUGUUUGACGGAAUUGGAGCAAUGGAGUUUGUGAAUUCAUGGGGUGAAAUUACAAGAGGGUUGCCACUAUCGAACCCACCGUACCUGGAUCGAACCUUGCUGAGAGCUCGCAACCCAUGUAAAGUAGAAUUUAAUUAUGGGCUCGAAGAAAUCGUGGACAUAUCAAAUACUGUGUCUCCGUUGGAAGAAGAAAUGCUUAUCAACAAGUCCUUUGUUUUUCACCCAGAGAAGCUAGACCAACUCAAGAAAAAAGCCAUGGAAGAUGGGGUUCUGAAAAAGUGUACUACUUUUGAGACGCUCACUGCUUUCACGUGGAGAGCUCAAACUAAAUCUUUGGGACUCCAUCCCGAUCAACAAGUAAGGAUACUCUUUGCCGUUAAUGCACGUUCUAAGUUGAACCCCCCUUUACCAGAAGGAUACUUUGGCAACGCUGUCUUGUACAUGAGUUGCCAGUCUAGUGCUGAGAUGCUAGACCGCCCAUUGUCAUCAACAAUAUGGAAAAUUCAAGAAACCAUUAAUUCGGUAACAAACAAUUACGUCAGGUCUGCCAUAGAUUUUCUCGAAGAACAUAAGGGGAUGCCUGUUAUGACGCAUUCCACAUUCGUAAGUGCUUGGUCUAGGUUAGCAUUCCAUAGUGUAGAUUUUGGUUGGGGAGUGCCGUUUUAUUCAGGUCCUUUGAAUGUGCCUAGAAAUUCAGUAUUGUUUUUGCCUUGUGGAAAAGACAGGAAAGGCAUAAAUGUGUUUCUUAGCUUGACGGCUUCUUCGAUGAAGGUCUUCGAAGAAUUAAUUGAAGUCUAGAUGAAUGAAGGCACUGGCCAAACUUUAAAAGUCUUCGUUGACAAGUGAUUGAAUUUGGGUGUAAAUGUUUUAAUAUAUGUAUGGCUUUAAUUCUAAUAUGUCUGCCUCGUAUUUGGAUGUUUAGGACAUUUGUCUGUUUUCAUUUAUGUCA